AAUUCAAUUAUUAUACUCAAUUAUUGCUCAACUUUCUUAAGAAUAGCGCAACAUUUUCAUACUUCGUAGUAAACAAAAAUAUUAAUAAAAAGAGCUAGUUAAAAUUUUAAUGUUAAAAAAUUUAUUAAGUAUUUGGAUAUGUUAAGCCCAAAAAUGCAAAGAACAGUUCGUGUAAAUGAUUCACAAUUAGUGAUGCUUUCGGAGCGUGCAACUUAUGAUCAUUCUUUAGCCGGAUAUUUACAUAAGCGAACAUCCGACAAUACAAAAUGGCAAAUGCGAUGGUUUGUACUGUAUCAGAAUUUACUGUUUUAUUACGAAUCCGAAGGAUGUACUCGUCCUAGUGGUGUAUUAUUGCUAGAAGGAUGUUAUUGUGAACGAUUAAUAACAAGCAGUGGUUCGAAAAAUAAAGACUCUGAAAAACAGUAUUGUUUUGCCAUUUCAUAUCGAAGGGAAAAUCAACGUCAUUAUGAGCUUCGUACGAACACUGAAAGUGAUUGCAAAAAUUGGAUUGAAGCAAUACGAGAAGCGAGUUUCAAUAAAUUAUUGCUACAAAAAGAAGAACUUGAACAGAAACAUUUGCAUUUAUUACAAAUUGUUGAGUCAGAAAAGACAGCAAAAUGGCAAUACACGCAACAAUGUGAAGAGCUUGCAUCUGAAAUCAAAAAAUUACGUGCAGAGUUGUGUGCAUUAAAAAAAGAAUGGCGACCGAUGGCAUACAGUAGCGGUAUCAGCACAAUAGACAUAUCAGGUCAACUAACAAAUAACAUAUCAACCAGUGGCGCAAGCAGUACAAGUUUUAUCAGUUCUACAGGAGCUGUUGCCACUGCACAAGAAUCAAUAGAAUUAAGAAAAAUUAAAAAAGUGCAAAGUUUCUUUCGGGGUUGGUUAUGUCGACGUCGUUGGAAACAAAUUGUAGAACAAUAUAUUAAAUCACCGCAUGCUGAAUCAAUGCGGAAAAGAAAUAGUUUGGUAUUCCGUAUGGUUGAGGCUGAAGAAGAAUAUAUGGAACAAUUAGAGGUUUUGGUAUCCUGUUUUCUACGUCCAUUCAAAAUGGCAGCCUCAUCCAAAAAACCACCAUGCUCACAUGACGAUGUCAAUUCAAUAUUUUUAAACAGUGAGACCGUUUUAUUUUUACAUCAAAUAUUUUUGAAAGGUUUAACAUCUAGAAUGGAAAGUUGGCCAACACUUGUACUUGGAGAUCUGUUCGAUAUGCUUUUGCCAAUGUUAAGCAUUUAUCAAGAGUAUGUCCGCAAUCAUCAUUAUUCGUUACAAGUUCUUACCGAAUGCAAACAAUCACCAUCGUUUGCGGCGAUGUUGAAGCGCAUGGAAAAUAAACCAGCAUGUCAAGGACGAUCUUUGGAAACAUUCCUUACAUAUCCCAUGCAUCAGAUUCCUCGAUAUAUUAUAACUCUUCAUGAAUUACUGGCACAUACCCCGCAUGAUCAUGUCGAGCGAAAAAGCUUACAGAAUGCUCGACAACAAUUGGAAGACUUGUCAAGACAAAUGCACGACGAGGUAAGCGAAACAGAAAAUUUGCGAAAAAAUUUGGCAGUGGAACGAAUGAUUGUUGAAGGCUGUGACAUAUUACUGGAUGUGAACCAAGUAUUUGUGAGGCAAGGAAGUUUAAUUCAAGUGCCUGCAGAUAAACCACGCCCUUCACGCAAUCGUUUAACUAAUUUUAAAAGUGAAAAAGAAGUUAUACGACAAUGCUUUUUAUUCUCGAAUCAUUUGAUUCUUGCAACCAGAACAUCUGGCGGUCGAUUACAUCUUGUACCAGAUAUUGGGAAAAUUCCAUUAGCUGAUGCAACAUUAAUUGAAGAUCCAAAUGAGAAUGCCGGAAAUGCUGACGAUGAUGAAUCGUCGGUAUGCUCGUUAUCAAGUCAAUCAUCUGGGCACAGUGAAUUGUCAACCGUGAGUUCACAUGCUCACAAUAAAGACUUCAAAAUUAUUGUAGAUAUGAAAAUUGGAUCGCAAACUGGACAAGUAUACAAAUCAAUUUUUAAUGUAACAGUACAUUUAAUUGCACCAUCAAUCCAAGAAAAGACUGCAUGGGUAUCAGAUAUUAGUCAAUGUAUGGAUAAUGCACAUUUUAAUGAUUUGUUACAUUCAACAUUAUCAGAUACAAGCUCUGUAACAAUGCCACAAUCAAUAAAAAAUGAUCCAAAACUAUUUAAAGAUGAUGUUGAUAUUAGAUUUAGUCGUACAUUGAAUUCAUGUAAAGUGCCACAAAUACGUUAUGCUACACCAGAACGUUUAUUACAAAGACUUACUGAUUUACGAUUUUUGUCAAUUGAUUUUUUAAAUACUUUUCUAUUAACAUAUCGUGUAUUUACGGAUGGAGUCAGUGUUUUAGAAGCAUUGAAAAAAGUAUUUUAUAAUAUUGACACUGAGCAAACAGCUCGUGGAUCCAUAAUUUCAUUGGAUCUCAAUCAAAAAAAUGAAAAUACUUUACAAUUAUACGAUGAAAAAAGGCGUAUAAGUGGAGCAAGCUCAGUGUCUGGCUAUGGAUCAGAAAUGAGUGAUCGCGAUCGUAGUCAUAGUUACGAUUCGCAAGGGCAUCGUAGUCACAGUUAUGAUUCGCAAGGACAUCGUAAUUGGAAAUCUAAUUUUAAAAAAUGUGAUGAAGAAAGUAAAGAAAAUCCAAAUUUAACGGUGACAAAAUCACCACCACUCAAAACAAUUGAAAACAUUCAAAUAUCUGCAUCUUCAUCCGCUGAUACAAAGUCAAACAUAUCAAUAACAAUACAAGAAUCACAAAAUUCACACUUAAAUAUCCCAAAACAAGUGAUCACAGCGUCCAGUAGCAAUGAAACACUAACGGAUGCAACAAUUGUGAGUGCUCCAUGUUCACCAAGUAACUUAAGUUCCGUUACAUUGGUUGGAUCGGCUAGUUCGGGUUCACCAAAUGAUGGUACAGAAAAAAUCACUGAUAAACCGGAAGAGAAACAAGAUACACCAGAACCUCCACCAUCGGCAACGAUUAGUCAUUCAGAAAUAAAAUUCUUAUAUGAAACACCGACGAGUCCAGUCGCUGUGACAACAUCGGCGACGGGAACAUCUGAAAGACAUUCACAAAAAGAAAAUCGGCCGUAUAAAUCGCGAAGUACAAAUAGUAAACGAAGAGUUUCUGACAUCAAUAAAGAUCUGUAUGAUGAUAGUUCAAAUGAUGGAGCUGGUCAUGACGCCUCGCAUCGAACAUCUUGCAGUUCAACCAGAUCAGCUUCCAUUUCGUAUUAUGGUGGACGCCGGUCAGUUCAAGAGGACGGAACUGUAUCAACUCGGACCAGCUUUCAACAUGAAUCACCACAAAAUUCUAGUAAAGCGGGUGUUGUCAUUACCUCAUUUAGACAAUCCCAACGCAGGAGUAGUACUUCAACGGCGGCAACAGCAUUUGCAAUUGCAACAUCGGCUUCGAGUAAUCCACGCGAUCACACGCCAACCACAAGUUGUAAAAUUUCUGCCUCGGGUCAAGGUCCUCGAACAAGUGUUGGAGAUGCAUCGAUCAUUUCAGGUAGCUGUCGUGAUCGUAACCGUCGAAAAGAAUCUGUCAUGUCAACAGCGGCUACAAUGCGAGUUUUAAAUGUUCUACGACAUUGGGUCUCUAAACAUGCUCAAGAUUUUGAAAUGGAUCAACGAUUAAAGAAUUUAACCAUUGAAUUUUUGGAUGAUAUUAUAUAUAGUCCAAAUCUUUUACCCGCCGAACAUAAAGCUGCCGCACAAUUAUUGAAAUUAAUUACUAAAGAAGAGCCAGAAAGUUCUAAAGUUAAUUUAGAUAAACUUUUAGCGCCUCCAUUAACACGUAGUAAAGAAAGUAUUGAAACGUUAUCGGCAUUAGAAAUAGCUGAACAAAUGACUUAUUUAGAUCAUCAAAUAUUUAUUUCUAUUGCUAGCGAAGAAUUCUUGGGACAAGCCUGGAUGAAAGCGGAUAAACAUAUAAAAGCCCCACAUAUCAUUCUUAUGACACGUCGUUUUAAUGAAGUAUCACAAUUAGUUGUAUCUGAGAUAAUUCGACGUAAUACUUUAUCCGGACGAAUAGCAGCGAUUGAAAAAUGGACAGCUGUUGCAGACAUAUCACGUUGUUUACAUAAUUUUAAUGGUAUGCUACAAAUUUGUGCAGCUUUCACAAAUACAUCGGUGUAUCGUUUAAAAAAAACUUGGGAGAAAGUGUCCCGAACGACAAAGCAAACAAUUGAAAAGCUACAAACGAUUGUAUCAUCGGAUGGAAGGUUUCGUUCAUUGCGUGAUGCCUUACAUCGAUGUGACCCCCCGUGCAUUCCAUAUUUGGGAAUGUAUUUAACUGAUUUGUCGUUUAUUGAAGAAGGAACACCAAAUUUUACUGAAGAUGGUUUGCUUAAUUUUUCUAAAAUGCGAAUGAUUGCACAUGUUAUUCGAGAAAUUCGUCAUUUUCAACAAACUCCAUAUAAAAUAGAAUUAAUCACAAAAGUUACAAAUUACUUGUUAGACACAUCAUUAUUGUUAGAUGAUGAUGAAUUGUAUCGGUUAUCAUUGGAAAUUGAACCGCGUACAUCACGUUUAAGUUCUGGAUUAGUCACACAAUUAUCAACUACGGCUCUGCCACCUUAUAGAACCUAACUUUAUAAACUACAAAAUCAAUCAACUUUUAUUAUUAUUCAAUAAUAAAUAAUCAAAUAGUCUAAUUAUAACGAUUGUCUUACCAAAAAUCUAACUUAUUUUCGCAAGAUUGAACGUUAAAACCAUUUCAAAAUAAAAGAAAUGGGGAUAGGAAUAUUAGGGGAUUCCCCCUAUGAAUUUAUAUUUCAAAAAGUGGUUUCUAGAAAAAUUGCAUCUUGUUUUAAGAUGUAAUUUCAUGAUGACGCUUGACGCUGGCUUUGAGCGUCAAAUUAAGAAUCCUCCUAGCUGAAAAAAUAGAUGCCCAACGUCAAAUUGUAAAAAGGAGCGACAAAAAACAAAAAAGUUUAUUCAUCCAUAACCUCAUUUUUAAUAAGACACAUGGCAAUGAUAAACAACUAUAUCCAUAAUGGGGGGUGAAUAUGAUUAUCAAUUGUUCAAAAAAGUUCUUUGGAAAUGGCAAUCAAUUGAUAUUAAAAUUUUCUAAAAUUAAACCUU